AUGGUAUUUGAAAAAGUAGUAUUCCCAUCAUAUCCUCACAAAACUGUGUUUAUCUCGGUGUUUGCAAACGUUCCAAAGAAUGUUCUACUGGUAGUCAAAACGAAACUUAUCGAAGGUGACCCCAACUACGAACUUUGUUUUUUAAACACAAACUACAUCAUUUCAACUGAAUACCUAUACAGCGCCAUCUACAAGGCGAUCUUGAAUUUUGAGACGGGGCAGUCGAAGGCCAAAACCUUGAACACAGAAAUCAUCUUCAACUUGUCUCCGGUGAAUAAUAUAAUGGAUGCCUUUAAAAGAUUUGGAGUUGAUGACUCUCAAGAUCAAAGUAAUGUCAUUUGUAUAAAAGUCAUUGACUAUGUCUCAGACGGAAACUGCCUCGAGGAUUUGAACACACAUAUCUCCAAGCUUCUUCACACCGAUGCAUCUCAGAAUAUUCCUCUACAAGAUGCAUAUUUAUUCAAAACAGUGGACAUAUCUAAAUUCAAGAAGAUUUUUAAACUAAACGAUGCAAAGCUCUCCGAGUCAGAAAACUUACAAAUCCAAUUAACCAGGUUAGCCAUAGGGGCAUGUUUAAUAAGAGGUAAUUAA